ACCCGUCCUAAUUCUCUCCACCCUGUAUUACCACUUGGCAAAUACUGUUAAUAGCCCUGCUUCAUAGUCUGAUUCAACACAAUGGGAUUCGGGAUAUAGUUUUACGUCUACGUCAUCGUUUCAACUCGCCUGUCCAGUCUUCACAAAUAAGACGCUUUCUGAGUUCUACACGGACACGUUUAGAGAGAAAACGACAGUGACUUUUACCUAUAAACAACGGUUCAUUCGCUUCGUGUCAAAGCAGGUCUGGUUAGGCCGGUUUUACCGACAAACAAAUUUGAUUACGAGCACUUCAGAGAGUUGCCGGAGUUGCAAAACAUACAGCCCGGUUUGUCCUUGAAGACCAAUAUGACAGCGGGAAACGUUUUGGCGCGCUGCGCAACACACUCAGAAACUCUUGGGAAUCGAGUAUUCUUGACGUGUUUUGUGAAUGAACUCCACACCUCUGCCCUUUCACGUCAUGUGCCUGUUUGGUGGGAAUGAAGCCUGCACUGCGCCGAGGGUUUGUUGACUUUCACAUUACUCAUUCAGACAGACGUCUGCUUUAUCUUCCGUCUCGAGCGUCGCACGUGGCGGCUCCGUCCACCUGAACGGCGACGAAAACGUGUUCUGCGCUGCGAGAUUAAAGCGUUUUAUCAUGAUUCAAGCAUUUCUCAAAGCUUACAAAAUAGCAACAGUCAGUCUUUGGUAUUUCUAAGCACUUUUUUUUUUAUGUCCGAAGCGCCUCCCAGUUUCUACCUGGGAUUCACACGCCCUCGUGAAAAACUCUCUCCCCUCCCUUCAGCUCCGUUUUAUAAGAGUUGAUUAGUAUCUGCCAGGCAUAUUGCUGAGCAUAGACACCAGCCAGGUUGACUUCUACUCCCAAUUCUAUCAGUAAGACUCUAUCUGCAUCCUUGUCCCGAGAUGAAGACAGACGCUGCGCUCCGUUUGAUGUCCCUGAUGUCUAUCUGGAUGUGGACCAGUGAAGGUCAGAUAUUCCAGCCCGUGCUUACAUCUAAUGCUUUCCUAGCCAAAGUCACCAGCAACACAGUGAUACUAUCGCAGCCGUACUGUGUGUUUAAUCAGCCGUGCCCCGGCUGUGUGAUAUGGCUGGUGGCCGGACUGUGCUCAGCAAACGCCAACUUUGACGCUCUUGCAAACAGCUCAGCUAGCAGCAUCCUCAGCUUGUCGCCCUACCCAUCGGCAUUCCUCCCGUCAUCCUAUAACUUCUUUGUGACCCGAGUUGGAUAUCUGGCAGACUUCCCCUGCAGUCAGUACCCCGGCAGUUCCUACUUCGUGGUCGGCGCUGACGGGCUUUGCAGCACCGUCAACUGCAAUGGUGUAUUACCUAGUGGAUCCACCGUUUGUUUCAAGUAUCUCCUAAUCGAUGCUAACGGGACUCUUGUUAAUUCAUCGUACUGGUCUGGGAACACUACUCUUAUCCAACUGCAACCCCUUUCCAACAUUUACGACGGUCUGAGUGCGAGAUCGGGCGCCAUGGUGGUCAUCACCACCCUCCUGUGUGUGGCCGCGGCUCUGCUUUUGCUUCUCUUCCUCUGCAUGCUGUGCGUGACCUGCUGCACCAAGAAAGACGGCAAGCAGGUGUCAGUCAUGAACUCGAUCCGCAUCCCCCGCUACGACACCCACAACCUGAAGGAGCGCGCGCACCCCUACGACAACCCCUCUUACCAGGCGGACUCCAAGAACUACUCCACCUCCUCCACCCUGCCCAAGGACGGCGCGAGGAAGCUGUGAGCUCCCGGACACACUCGAAAUGAAGCCGUAUGUUUGAAAGGCUGGGUGAAGGUUAUCUUUUGGUCAUCGUCUUGCAGCUUUUUGUAAACUCUCGCGACCUCAGUAUUGUUUUUAUGAUAAAAAACGGAUGGAACAGGACUACGCUAACAGGCAAAUUCACAAGAUGGCGCUGUUUAGUAGGAAAUAUGUGUAGUAUUUACUAGUGCAGCGCUUUCUAACCUUUCUUGUCUUAGGGGUCAAAUGGGUCUCAAUUACCUUUUAUCAACAAACCAGGUGAAUUUGCUUCUUUUAACUCAUCUUAUAUAUUGCAUUAUUAAUAUUCCUAUUUUUUUUUCUAAUUUAAUCAUGAUUCUUUUUUAAUUCGUUAUUCUCCAUUCUCUUUGUUACUGGUUUUAUGAGUCGUUUUAAUCUCCGUUGCAUACCAAGCAGUUACCCUGGUUUUGAAAAUCUUGAGUUUUGGUUAAAAUGUUACGAACAAAUUAGUGCUGUCGGACGAUUAACCGUAUCCAAAAUAAAAGCUUUUGCUGGCAUAUAUGUGUGUUAUGUAUUUAGAAAUGCAUACAGUAUAUAUUUACAUGUAUUAACAUGUCUGUGUUUAUAUAAUUGGUAUUAUAAAUAGGUGUAUUAAAUAUAUGCACAACAUAUUUUCUGAAAUAUACACAUGAGUGUGCAUGUAUUUAUAUAUAUAUAGUACACGUAUUACGUAAACAGAAAUGUUGCACGAUUAAUCAGUUGACAGCACUAGAAUUUACAUUUAUUACAGGUGUUUUAAGGUUUUCUUUGAUUUUUAUUCAUGUUUUAUGCAGGAAUUAUACUUCACAGUCUUUAAAUGCACUCAAAAGUAGCAGGUCCGGAAUUAAUACCAUGCAAUGAAUAAAAUGUAUUUUUAAUAAUUAUACAGUUAACAUCUGAGGAAGCAUCCUAACUGUGAUACAACCUUAUAAGUUUAUUGAUGCACUAAUGAGCAUAAAAAUAAAGCGUAUACACAAGUA